GGCAUUUUCAUGCGAAGUGCUGUCGCAAACACACGUCGUUUUUCCGUCACAACAGUGUUUUUUUAAUAGUUAAAGUUGAAAAAGUGUGGUUUUGGGCGUUGUAUUUCGUUCAAUUUAUGCGGAAACUAUUCAAUUUGUGGAGACAAUUAAAUUUACCAAACCAAUAGAAGCAGAAAUAUCGAAAAAGUUGAUUUUUCUCGUGCUUGAUUUGGAAGACAUUUCCUGAACCGAACAGAGGCGUGCGCUAGGAGCUUGCUAGACAAGAUGGAUGAUAUCGAUGAUUUUUUUGAUUUUAGCAAACCCUUUAAUCGGGUUGUAAUUUCCGGUGGCUAUUGCAAUGCCACCGUUGUUGAAGAUCGUAACAUUUUCAACAAACUACCGGAACGGGAAAAGCUUGGAAAAGAGUAUGCCGGGAAGUUCAAGAAAGAGGAAGAAGCCCAGUUGAUCAAUGCUUUCCUGGACGAAGCUGCCGGUCCGUCGACUUCCCGAACAUCGAAUCUGGAAGAUGUGGACGACGAAACGUCCCUGGCCGACGAGGAUGAGGAACAUGCACGGGCUCUGAAGGCGAAGGAAAUGAUGGCUCCAUUGUUUCAGCGCUACAAUUUUGCUAUGAAGAGUACCAAACUGUCCAUUCGUUCUUCGAAGGAUACCAUUUUGCAAAGUAUCAGAGAUAAUGCCGUGGUCAUCUUACAAGGUCCAACUGGGUGUGGUAAAACAACCCAGGUGCCCCAGUAUAUCUUGGAAGAAGCCUUUCAUAAGAAAGAAUAUUGCAACAUUAUUGUCACCCAGCCCAGAAAGAUUGCAGCCAUUUCUAUCGCAAAUCGAGUUGCCGAUGAAAGGAAGUGCGAUCUUGGUUCACUUGUUGGUUAUAAAGUGGGUUUGAAGGAGAAACUUUCGGAGGAUACUCGUUUGUUGUACGUAACCACGGGUGUGCUGUUGCAAUCCCUGAUCACAUCGAAAACGAUGUCCACCUACACUCAUGUUAUUCUGGAUGAAGUCCACGAACGAGAAGUGGACAUGGAUUUUCUGCUGAUCAUCGUUCGCCGUUUGUUGGCCACCAAUUCUACUAAAACCAAGAUCAUUCUUAUGUCUGCUACUAUCGAUGCAAAAGAAUUUUCGGAAUAUUUCAAAAUUCCAAAACGGUCCGGUUAUCUGUCAGCUCCGAUUAUUUCCGUAGAUAAAACCAGACUGUAUUCGGUUCGCGAAUAUUACAUUGAUGAUUUGGACAAACUUCGAAUGGACUUCACCAUCGACUACGAGCAACCUAGUAUUUCCGAGCGUAUGUACGAAGUGGCAGCUAAGAUAGCGUUGGUAUGUGACCGGCUGCAGGACAAUGAUUUUGAGGAAAGUAAUUUGGAGUACAAACCAUCGAUCAUCAUCUUUUUGCCUGGUAUAAACGAAAUCGAUCAGAUGGCUAAAGUUCUUAUGGAGACUCUCGAGAAAUGCAAGAAAACGGAAGACAGUACAAAGUUUGAAAUUCUCAAACUGCACUCUACUCUACCAACUGAAGAUCAGGUCCGAGUAUUCCGUCGCCCAGCACCCGAUCACCGAAAAGUUAUUCUAUCUACCAACAUUGCUGAAAGUUCCAUCACCGUGCCGGAUAUUCGAUUCGUUAUUGAUUUUUGCUUGCAGCGUGCACAGCAUACCGAUUCUACAACCAAUUUCAGUUCCCUCAGGACGGAAUGGGCCUCCAAAAGUAACUGUACCCAGCGAGCUGGUCGUGCCGGUCGUGUCAUGAGUGGUCGCGUGUACCGUUUGGUUAACCGUGCUUUCUACGAACGUCAGAUGUUGCAAUCGUCUUCACCGGAAAUUCUUCGCUGUCCACUGGAUUCAGUGGUGUUGAAGGCUAAAAUGCUGGAAAUGGGACCACCGCACUCAAUCCUUGCACUGGCUAUGAGUCCACCCGAUUUGACCGAUAUUAGCAAUACCAUUCUGCAAUUGAAAGAAAUCGGGGCUAUGUUGAAAACAGUAAAGGGCAAUUACGAGCAACUGGAUGGUGAUUUGACUUACUUGGGACGCAUUAUGAGCAAAUUGCCGUUGGAUUUGCGUGUUACUAAACUGAUUAUUUUGGGAUAUAUGUUCAGCGUACUGGAAGAAGCCAUCAUUAUUGGUGCUGGUAUGAAUGUGAAAAACAUUUUCAAGAAUCAGUCAUCGCUCAGAGAGUACACACAAAAGAUGUACUGGGCCGAUGGUUCUGGAAGUGAUGGAAUUGCUAUUCUCAAUGCUUACACGGCCUGGAAGAGUCGCAAGGAGCAAGCAGGAGACAGGUCAGACAUGUCUAACUGGACUCGACGUAUGUCACUGGAUCUCAAAUGCUUGAUGGAUAUGGCUGAAUUGAUAAGAGAAAUCUACGACCGUUUGGGUCGAUACGCUUUGAAGACAACCACUGGUCCAAAUCGUGUCGUUUGGACUGCUCGUGAAAAAACCGUUAUUUUGAAGGUAAUUAUGGCCGGUGCUUUCUACCCGCACUACUAUAUCCCUAUGUCGGUGGGCGGAAAGGAACUGAUGGAGCGUCAAUCGUUCACUGAGCUCGGUGGAAGAGAUCCUUGUAAUACCGUUUUCUUCAGUGGCUUUGAUCAUGAACGUUAUAUCGGUCCGCUGUACACUGUGCAGAUUAAAAAUAUUCUCAGUGACAGAGAUUACUCCAAACAUCCUUACAUGAAGGUGAUGUUUGAUCGUACCACAAAUCGUGUGUUUGUGACCUUUACCAAUUCCGAGGACGAUCGAGACAACCAAAGGGGUUCAUUCAUGCCAGGUCGUGUUCAUCCGGAUGUGUAUCGCGCGAUAAAGCUGCGCAAACUUGGAGCCCGUCAUCGGGCCAUGGAAAUCCGUACCAUGAGGCAGAGUGAGGCGAUUGAGUUUGCCACCAAACUACGGCUGGGACAUUGGGAAGAUGCAAACGGAUGGAUGCCGCGCAAGAAAAAGAUUCGCAAUGCACAUUUGACGGUUCUGCCUCCUUUAUACAGGCCAAGCGUGGUUUGUCAAGUGACACACGUUAUUCACUGCAACAAGUUUUAUUUGAGACCUGAGGACAGCAAAAAUAAGAGCAUCUUCAAUGAUAUUCACCAACAGCUAAAUAACAAUCCAUACAUGCUGGAAAGAUUCCCGCCAAACUGGGUCUUUUCUGUGGGACAGAUUGUUGUGGCUCCCUUGCAGGAAAACACUGAUCAAUUGGCAAGAGCUGUUUUGAAAUGUUACAAAAACGUAAGAAGUAGUGGAGAUCCAAUGUGGACAAUCUUCUUCUUGGACUAUGGACAUACCUCGGUGCUAGGCCAAUCAGUAUUCCGUCAGCUUACCGGUCCACUAUCUUAUCUGGCAGAUAUUCCUCAGAGAGUAUUCGAAAGUUCAUUGACUGAAAUCCAACCAUCAGCCAUUCUGUCUCCUCAAGGAGUGUGGAAUGCUCAAGCGAUCAAUCACUUCAAGGAGAUGACUAUUGGAAAGAUUUUCGUAGCCGACAUUUAUUCAGUAGUGAACGAUGUUGCCAGCGUCAUCCUUAAAAAGGGCGACGAAAUUCCGAUUAACUCCGAACUGAUCCGGUUGAAGUAUGCACAAUAUGCGGAAGAAACUUAUCUGUCAAAAUUGGAUCAUGAUAUGCGCGAGCGCAAACAACGUGAAAUGUCACUAGAUGACAACUACCGUAUGGAAGUUUAUCGGCAAGCUGAAUCUAGCCAAAUUGAAGAAGUUGAUGAUGAUUUGGAAGAUGUUUCUCCACCGGAAGAUAGACUUCGCUGCAAGGUAGUGUUAUCUGGGCCGCAUAGCCCACUGGAAAUCAGCGCUUCUUCACCAAUUCGCUCAGGUAUCAUGAAGCCGGUAACAAUCGAACCGGAUUCUGUUAAUUCAGUUCUGCUGGAUGCCAAUCCACAAGAUACCCACGAGAAGCUGAUCGUGGCUGCGUUCGUCAACGAAGCGGGCAACCGAUUGAUUCUACGACAGACCACAAUGAUGCCAAACAUUCCAGGAUUCGGAGCCAUAAUGGCGUUGAUGUUCAGUCCCGUCAGUCAGCUCAACAAAGACGAAGAAGAGACUCGUGUGACCAGUAUUUUGACUGGUUUGGGAUGCGAUCCCAAGGGCUACGCUCUGUAUCCCGAGCACGAUGUUGCUCUAUCAUUAGAUGUGGUGAUUAACGAUGAUGAUAUUUCUAUGGUAAGUGAAAACAUUCUUUUGGUCCAUAUGCGUCUUAAAUUAUCUCUCGUUUUAUUAAUCAUGUUUGUUUCGUUUAUUGUAUUAUUUUUUCAGAUAAACGCUUUGCGCUACACUAUGGACAGUAUUCUUCACACUGACAAAGACCAGACGGUACCCAAGUUUGGUGAUGUAUCGAUCGCCAAACUUAAGCAAAACAUCAAGCAAUACAUUAUAAAAUUGCUGGAACAGGAACGCAAAUUCCUGGACAUUCGCCAUGCGUCCAACACCUACAUCUGGAACCAAGGGGAAAAGGAUGCGGGCCCUAGUGCCUCAACGUCCAAGAAGCCGAAGACAGAACAUUUGAAUGUGUACGAAAAUGCCAUUUUCCCGCUGAUUGAUCCGUUGAAUUUGGCCCCAGUGAGUGCCCGUCGACUGGACUUCCUCAAGAGGCAUUGCCGUGAACUGCACAAGCUCGCUUUGACGGAUGUCAACCUGCCGAAGCACGGUAUCACAUGUCAGUUGUGUAACACCGUUUUGGAAACAUUGCCACAGUUGCGAAUCCAUCUGUAUUCGAAGCUGCAUCGGGAUCGCGAAUCGCAAAUCAAGUUCCGCUAGAAAGGUGCCCCAUUUUGAUUUUAUCUUUUUGACGUUUUUGCAGUUCAUCUCUUUUUUUUUAUCAAGCUACUUGUGGUUCGUGUUGUGUUAGCUGGGCAACAUGGACAUUUCAUAAUGUUUAAUUACAUAGGGUAACGAAAACUUUGUUGCUACCUUCGUUCAUCUUCUUUUACGACACCUAAUGUGUCUUGUUUUACAUAAAAGUGUUUUUCCUUUCUUAUUUGUGUCUUCAUUCUAUGGGCGUAGUUUGAACUUAUCGGACGUAAUUUAGCAUUAUUUCAAUUUAUCAGACGGUUUAAGUACAAUAUCCAUGCUUUCAAAUAUUGUUGACAAUCUUUUCUCCAAGUUAACGAGAUCACGAUCCACUCUAAUGAAAAAAUUGAAACUAACGGAUUGCUUUUCGUAUCAAUGACGGAUCUGAUAGUGUAGUACU